AUGGCGACCAUGCCUGCUGCCACCAUCUACCCCCAGAGCCACGUCGGUUUCGACAGCAUCACCUCGCAGAUCGAGCGCAAGCUCAUCAAGCGUGGCUUCCAGUUCAACGUCAUCUGCGUUGGCCAGACCGGCUUGGGCAAGUCGACACUGAUCAACACCAUCUUUGCCUCUCACCUCAUCGAGUCCAAGGGUCGUCUACAGCCCGAGGAAAUCAUCCGAUCCACCACCGAGAUUCACCCCGUUUCACAUAUCAUUGAGGAAAAUGGUGUCCGCCUUAGACUCAACAUCGUUGAUACCCCCGGUUACGGAGACCUAAUCAACAACGACCGCUGCUGGGAUCCUAUCGUGAAAUACAUCAAGGAUCAGCACUCCGCUUACCUGCGAAAGGAGCUUACUGCCCAGCGUGAGCGUUACAUCCAGGACACCCGUAUUCACUGCUGCUUGUUCUUCAUCCAGCCUUCCGGUCACUCCCUGAAGCCCAUUGAUAUCGUCGUCCUGAAGAAGCUGUCCGAUGUUGUCAACGUCGUGCCCGUUAUCGCCAAGGCCGACACCCUGACUUUGGAGGAGCGCCAGGCUUUCAAGGAGCGCAUCAAGGAGGAGUUCGCCUUCCACAACUUGAAGAUGUACCCCUACGACAACGAUGAGUUCGAUGAUGAGGAGCGUGCCAACCUCAUCCCCUUCGCCGUCGUUGGUUCUGAGAAGUCGAUCAUUGUCAAUGGCAAGCAGGUCCGCGGUCGUCAGAACCGGUGGGGCGUCAUCAAUGUCGAGGAUGAGAACCACUGCGAAUUCGUUUAUCUACGAAACUUUCUCCUCCGCACCCACCUGCAGGAUCUCAUUGAGACCACGUCUCAGAUCCACUACGAGACCUUCCGUGCCAAGCAACUUCUUGCCCUGAAGGAGAGCAGCGCACAAGGUCACGGCAGCAGGCCAAUCAGCCCUGCCGCUGACCGGGAGAUGAGCCGAAACUCCCAACGGAUGACCAUGAACGGAUAUUAA